AAGACGGACCAAACACCUCGUUUGCACAGACCACACGUUUUUUAAAUUUUUUAAAUUAAACUCUGUAUUUUGUGUUGUUGCAGCCAGAUUUUCUCUUUUUGAAAGCGGUGAGAAAACAGUUUUAGAGUUUCACUGGAAGAGCUAAAAUAAGAGUGAAUAUUUACUAUUAUUGACGGCUGUCUGCGACCCCACUCGAGGCCCCGUGAGGACAUUGAAGCUACCUUACUCUACUUCCUCUGCAGCCAUGCUUCUGGUGGACCCUGGUCUGUACAUCGGCACUGCGGCUGACCUGAACGACCGCCAGGCGUUGGCCGAUGCAGCUGUCACUCACGUCCUGUCUGUGGACUCCGUGGAUCCCGCUCCUCUGCUUCCUGCUGAUGCGGUACGCUGCAGGAAGUGGAUCAAUGUUCUCGAUGAGGUGACCUCUGACCUCCUGAGUCACAUGGACGACAGCUUCCAGUUCAUUCAGCAGGCUGUGGAUGCGGGCAAGGCUGCGCUUGUUCACUGCCAGGCGGGUCGGAGUCGCAGCGCCACCAUCGUUACUGCAUAUCUCAUGAAGAGAUACCAGCUGGGCUUCACUGAGGCUUACCACAGACUGAGGAGUGUCAAACAGGACGUACAGGUCAACCGUGGUUUUGAGGAGCAGUUGUGUCUGUAUGAGGCCAUGAAGUGUGAAGUGGACACUUCCAGUAGUUUGUACAAACAGUACAGACUGACCAAGAUUACAGAGAAGUACCCUGAGUUGCAGCACGUUCCCAGGGAGCUGUUCGCUGUUGACCCCGCCCACUCCAGCUCCUCUGAAGUGUCCUAUCGCUGCAGGAAGUGCAGACGAACUCUGUUUCGUGGCUCCAGUAUUCUCAGUCACCCAGUAGGAGAAGGAGCGCAAGCCUUUGGUCACAAGAAGUCCAGUAACCUCACUGGAGAAAUCCAGUGUACGUCUUACUUCAUUGAACCAGUGCAGUGGAUGGAACAAGCUUUACUUGGAGUGAUGGAUGGACAGCUGCUGUGUCCUAAGUGCAGCUCCAAGCUGGGCUCGUUCAGCUGGUGUGGUGAUCAGUGCUCGUGCGGCCGCUGGGUCACUCCCGCCUUCCAGCUGCACCGAAACAGAGUGGACGAGAUCCAACAAGUGAACAUACACAAAGCGAACAUACAGAAAUAACACACGCUCAUACGUAAAGGAAUGCAGUCUCUGCGAGGCGGAAGAAGGGCGAACACUCAGCUCAUCAACACACAAACAGGAAAUGCGAUGUCCACAUGCUACAGUCGUCUUGCAUUAGGUUAUAAAGACUAAUAAGGUUCUAAUGCAGGACAGUACAGUGAGUUUGGGUGUUGGGCAGAAGGCAAAACCUCAAAUAUUUUUACAGAUUUGUACAUUUACAGCCACAACUUUGCUGUUCAGGUUCGAUCUCAUAGUGUUUUUGGCUGCUGCUGUUGUUAAUAUAAAUAUUUAUAAGUGCAGUAUUGGUAAUAAUACCAACUCUUCAUUGCUUACAGCUUCUCAAAGGAGAAAAUGCUGAGCUUUGUCUGUUUCAUAUCACUGUACAUUAAAUAUCUUUGGGUUUUGGACUGUU